CUGGCGCCAAAAACAAUUUUUAUUUUGCGGGAACAUAAAGAUGCCGACAGUCCAACCUCUCCGAUAUGCACACAGCGAUGGGCAUACUGACGUGUGUUUUGACGACAGUGGAAAACAUAUGCUAACCUGUGGAACAGAUGGAGAUGUGCGUGUUUGGGCUGGUAUAGAGGACGACGAUGCAAUCUCUCACAGGGUUGGUGACCGCGUCUACGGUAUUGUAUACAAGAGCGGCCGAUUCUUCACGUCCUCCGACACCAACAGCGUCCAGGCACACACCUUCCCUGAUGGGGCACCCGAUGGCAUCCUGACACGUUUCACAGCUCCGGUCAAUCACAUGGUUGUAAAUCAGUCUGGCAAGACCAUGGUGGCAUGCUCAAGUGACUUCACCAUUAAGGCAGUAGAGGUGGACUCAUGCAGCCAUAAAACUAUGCAAGGUCAUGAAGCCCCUGUGCUCAGUGUUGCACUCGACCCAAAGGAAGAGUUUGUGGCCUCAUCUAGCUGUGAUGGUACUGUAAGGAUUUGGCAACACAACGACCAUUCUCAAGUGACAUCCAUGAAUAUUCUCCCAAAAACAAAUGAUGUGAGUUUAUCAAAAACCAUGUGCCGGCUAUGCUGGGAUUUGAAGGGAGAGAAUCUUUUUGUUCCCGUGGAAAAGGAAAUUCACAUCUACGUAAGAUCGAGCUGGAAAAAAGCCGGAACCUUCCAAGCUGAAGAUAUAGCUGGAGUGUUGUCAGUCCUGGCUCUGUCUCCUGAUGGCAAGACUCUAGCUGCAGCUUCGUCAGAGGGAAACAUACUAGUGAUGGACGUUAAGACCAGGAAGUGUGUGGACAGGUACAGACACCCUAAGAAAUUUUCUGUAACUUCCCUAGCUUGGAAUCCCAAAAAGGCAACAGAGCUGGCAUUCUGUGAUAAAGAGGGUCAGUUAGGACUGCUGGAGGACAUCAAGCUAUCUUUAGAUGCACAGCAGAGCAUUCCAGUACAGGAGACAAGAGCUAAGGAGACUCUUGGUAUAUUUGAUGAUGACGAUGAUGACGACAUGCUGAUACAGGCUACAAAUGAUGAGGGAAAAGUUGGAAUGGAGUUAGGAGCUGAUAACUCGGACGAUGAUGACCAGAUGCCUGUCAUAAAACCCUUAGGAGAUAUUGAUGACGACACCAUGUCGAAGAAGUCGGACCUAGAUGAUGGUGCCAGUGUGAUGUCGGAUGCUCCCCUGGAGCUGCCCCCUGCUCCUGUGGCGGUGGAGGGAUACAAACCAACGCCGCUCCAGAACCCAUUCCAGCCAGGCAGUACGCCAGUUCACCUCUCCAGCAGGUUCAUGGUUUGGAACUCCAUUGGUAUCAUCAAGCAGUAUAACACAGAUGAAGAGAACAGCAUAGAUAUUGAGUUCCACAACACGUCAAUACACCACGCCAUGCACAUCACCAACACAAGUCACUACACCCUGGCCGACAUGUCCUCCGAGGCUGUCGUUCUUGCUGCCGAGAGUGACGAUGGCAACCCCAGCAAACUUACCUGCAUGCACUUUGGGUCAUGGGACAGCUGUAAGGAGUGGACCACAACCAUGCCAGACGGGGAGGAAAUAAUGGCUGUGACACUGGGCGAGGACUGGGUUGCUGUAGCAACGGACAAAAGAAAUGUACGACUCUUCAGUCUGGGGGGUGUGCAGCGAGAGAUGCUGUCCAUACCGGGACCGGUGGUGUGUAUGACAGGUCACACCAAUCAGCUUAUGGCUGUGUACCACCGGGGCAUGGGUAUCCCUGGUGACCAGUGUCUGGGUGUGACACUGAUGUAUGUGGAGGGCAAACAGAGGACUGUACUAGGAGGGCAGCCACUACCUCUCUCCCCUAAAACAGCACUGGCUUGGACUGGUUUUUCAGCUGAAGGAACACCUUUCUAUAUGGAGUCUUCCGGCAUCGUCAGGAUGUUCAACAGAAAAUUUGGCCCGAGCUGGAUGCAAGUGGCAAACACCAAAUCACAUGCGAAGGGGAAAUCGGACCAUUACUGGAUUGUAGGGGUGAAUGAAAACCCCCAGCAGUUGCGCUGUAUUCCCUGUAAGGGGUCCCGAUACCCUCCAGUCCUUCCUCGUCCUGCCGUGUCCAUACUCCCGUUCCAGGUUCAGUUGUGCGAGAUGAACACAGAAAAGAGUCAAUAUGAAGAAACGCUUUGGAAGACCCGGCUGUUUGGUCAGCACUUUGACCAUUGGAUGUCCCAGGGGUUUGAGUUUGAGCCGUCCAGGAAAGCUGAAAGUCUCAAACCUGCUCAGGAGGCUCUUAUGAAACUGUUUGCUUUGUCAGCACGAUCUGACCGGGAGUUCAGGGCCCUGGAGGUGUGUGAGAUGAUGCCAGAACAACACACACUUCAGCUAGCCAUCAAGUAUGCCAGUCGUAUCAAACACAUGCACCUAGCCGAGCGCAUCAGUGAACUGGCUCAGCAGAAGGAGGAGGAGGCAGAACAGGAGGAGGACGAGGAGGAUGUACCGGAAGCAAGUUAUAAUCCUGUAACUGACUGGGCUGGUAGAAAUGGUCAUUUGGGGGCACGACCCAAGGAAGGGGGUCAUCUGGUACAGGACGAGGAAGUGAUGGAUGAAGGUGAUGAGGAAAUCAACAUGGAUGGAGAGGAGGAGGAGGAGGAGGAGGACAGGCCAUCAGGUCCAAUGUUAAAUCUGAAAUCAAAAUCCGAGAAACCAACUCGACCCACAUUUAUAUCCUCAGCAAGGUCAUCUAACCCUUUCAAGAUGUCCCAGGGUUCACAGAAGACGGCGCCCAGCGGUAGUGCAAAAGGCACACAAGUGUUUGAUAGUAUGAAUCGAAAGAAAACAGAGAAAAGUAAAGUAGCUGAUCCCGUUAUCAUUGGCAAACCAGGGAAGAUACUUGUUAAACCCAAAAAGUCAACACAGGGAAAUUUAUUUGCAACAAAGGUCAAAACAGAUACAGCAAAAUCAGAUCCUACAAAUGAAACUCCAGCCCCUCAGCAAAGUACUCCGUCAGCGUUUGACCUGUGGCUGGAGGAGAAUCGAGUGGACCUAGAAGAAGAACAUCCGGACCUGGCCGAGGCAGAUCUGGUACAGACAGCUGCUGAACGUUUCAGGGAAAUCCCUAGAGAGGAAAAACAGGUCUGGAUUACCAAGGCAAAGCAAUUAAAAUCGGAAAAUUCUGAAAACGUACAAAAUGCAGAAAAUACAAACACAGAAGUUCCACCUGAAAACAAAAAACGGAAACGAGAAGAAACAGACUCCAAGGAAACAAAAGACAUUGCCAAUAAAAAGAAGAAAGACAAUUUCUUAGACAGCAAAAAGAAACCAUUGUCACAGAACACUAACUCUAAAUUGGCUGGUUUUGCUUUUCAAAAAGAAUGAGAAUUCAGGAUGUUAUGGACUUAAAUGCAAUUUUCAUCAACUCAUUAGGAUAUAGUGUAUUUUACUUGUUAUUGUAAGUGUCCAUCAUGAACAGAGGUAUGUGUUUAUAUUGGUAUAUUGUUUGAAUAACUGUAUAACUCAACGAUUUAACAAUUUUUUUGAGUCGCAAUGAAGGACUAAUAUUUUCAUAUAUUACUUCAUCGCACAAAAAAUUGUUAUGUAGAGCAUCAUCUUCCGAAUUCCAGGGGCCACGCUUACGUUCACCUUCUUUCUCUGCACCUCUGGAAUAUGAUGAAAUCAAAGGCACAUGGAAUGGAAAAAAUGUAGAUUAAAAAAAAAA